AGCCCUGCCUACUUAGAUUAGAAUAUCUAGCUUCACUGUUUCAGAGCAGUUUGUCGGUUUUUCUCUCAUGGCUAUGAUGGCAUCGCCUAAGCUUCAUAGUCAUAUAAGAUGGGAAAGGUAUAAUCAUGCUCCUAAAAGCAUUCCUUCUAACGCUGUAGUCGGAGGAAAGACUGAAAAAGGUGUUAAUAUAUACAUUGGUCGGGAUUUAUGGAAACGUGAUGUGUGUUCCAUUCCAGCAACUAAAACCAGUUCCCGGUACGCAGUGUUCACUAGUGAUUCAGCGUCUGUUGAGAUUCUUGUAUGUGACAAUCACUCUAUUUUAUUUUGGGCUGAUAAGGGUGACGACAGAAUACGAAAGUUUGGAAUCGGCCCAAUGGGUGAGAUCCAUUAUGAGCCUUAUGAACGUAGACAUGGCUACCUCAUAGGUCGAACUGUUCCAAAUCAAAAAACACAUUUCAACUGGCCAAGACCUAAAGUUAAACUGCCACGUGACGUAUGCCUACUAGGCCAUCUUGAUCUCUCAUCAUUGCAGCUCAGUGUUCCAAACAAAACGGAACUCUACUACAGUAGUACGACUGAUAGUUAUCAAGUUUUGUGUGCGUACAGAGUACCUAUUCCAGUGUAUAGCUUUACAAAGACAUGGAAAUGGGUACCAGCGUCAAAUGGAUAUUUACCACCAGGUGCUGUACCAGGAGGAAAAGAUGAAUCCGGUGAAGUCAUUUACAUUGCUAGAGCAUUUCAUGAGAAUGAAGUACCAGCUGGGUAUGUCUCACCAUCACAGAAAUGCUGUAUUUAUCCAUGGGGUUGUACAACUCACCAAACAUCAAAUUACGAAGUUCUUGUUGUUGAAGACCAGAAUAACUUAAAAUGGGAGAGAGCAUCUGAUGGUGACUUACCAGUUGGAGCUGUUACUAGUAAUGAAGAAGGUGAACAGGAAACUGGUGUGGGCCGUACAUUAACUGAUUCUGAUCUCAGUAUUGGUAUUACCUUUGAUGGAAUUAGGAUCAACAUACCACAGAGAACUUCUAAAGAUAUGCAAUUGUUAGGAAAGAUACCAAUCUAUCAUCGCUGCUUGUACAUUCCGUAUAAAAAUAAAGAGUUCAUUUAUCGUGAGUAUGAGGCAUUGAAGUCCUUAUUCUGUGCCAAUUCAUUGCAAAAAUUGUGCAGCUAUGUUAUACUGGAAUCAGUUCAUGCUGUACCUGAUCGUAUUAAUAGUCUUCCACUUCCUAAGAAAAUGAAAGAUAGCCUACUUACUUUAAUACGAUACCAAUUAUCUGACUGAGUAAGAAUUCAUGUACUUAUUGAUUUCUAUUUAUUUUUUGAUUCAUUGUCACUUCUCAGUUAUUAUUUUUAAAUUUAGUUUAAACCAGAACUGAAAUAUAUGUCAUUGAAAAAAAUUGUUCUAUGAAUGCCAUCUUUAA